ACCAUCCAACAUCCCCUACAUUGACCCCUAGAACCUCUGGCGGUCAUUCACUGAGAUUGCCAUACAUUCGGUUUGAUGUUCACUGGUCUUGAAACACAAAUAUUCUGUGGCUCUUUUGAGUACAUCUAAUUAAUCGGAGAGGUUAAAAUGGCGAAGACCACUGGGGAAAAGAAAGGAAAGAGUGCGAUCAACGAGGUCGUGACACGUGAAUACACCGUCAACCUCCACAAGCGAUUGCAUGGCGUCGGUUUCAAGAAACGGGCCCCUCGAGCGAUCAAGGAAAUCAGGAAAUUUGCCGAAAAACAUAUGGGCACACCUGACGUUAGGAUCGACACACGUCUCAACAAACAGCUCUGGUCCAAGGGAAUCAGGAAUGUUCCCUUCCGCGUCAGAGUUCGCUUGAGCAGGAGGAGAAACGACGAUGAAGAUUCUGCAAACAAAUUGUACACACUGGUUACAUACAUCCCUGUUGCUACUUUCAAGGGUCUCCAGACAGAAAAUGUAGAUGCUAGUCAAGAAUAAUUUAUUCGCAAACAAUAAAUAAUUUUGGCUAAUAUCCUAA